CACACGGCCACGGAAGCGAGUGGCUGGCGAAAAAGAGCAUAAAAGACGGGCGAGCGGAUUUUGCGCCGUCUUCCCACGCACUCGCAACUCUCGCAAGCGCACUCCAAGAUCACCUUCCCAACUUAUAUCAUCCCUCUCUGACGGCUUCACACAAAAUGGUCUUCACAAACUCCCUCGUCGCACUCACCCUCGCCCUCGCGGCGGCCACCGUCCAAGCCCAGUCCACACCCGCCUCGGCCGCAGCCCUCACGGCCGCAUGCGCAACCCUCUCAACCCUCCCCGCCUGCGACGUCGCCGCUUCCUGCCUCGCCCAAGCAACAACCACAGGAGCAUGCAACCCAGACAGUCUCCUCGCUUCCCUCUGCGCUGACCCCGCAGGUGCUACCGCAUCGCAAUGCACUCCCAAGCCAAGUGGUACUCCCGUUGCGAACCUGCUGACCGCGAAGGACGCUACGGGUGUUGUUGCCAGUAUCUGUAUGGAGAUGCCCGACAUGAAGGAUUGUCAAGGGCCUGAUGCGUGUCCCGCCGCUGAUCCGGCGACUGGAGUUGCGAAAUGCAAGACUUGGACUCAGGCGGCUAGGCUUUGCUUGGAUAUGCCAAACAUGAAGCAGUGCGGCCCCGUCACCGCCUUCUGCACAUCCUCCAACAAGCUCGGCCCUUACUGCGGCGCAAUGGCCGCCGGGGCCACAAAUACCUCCUCCACCACGGCCUCCGCCGCCGCGCCCUCCGGUACCAGCGCACCCGGCGCGUCUGGCAAGAGCGGCGCCAUGUCCGUCGCUGCCAACUCUGGUUUGGUCGCAGCUGCUGGAGCGGUGCUUGUUUACGCUCUGGUGUAGGGGGUUGGACUGCUUGGAGUGUAGUAUAGACUUUUGUGAUUCCGUACACUGCGAGUCGUG